UGGAAGUGGCGGCGUUCGAGCUGUCUUUGAUUGACAUAUAAGCCCGAUCAAUUGCACCGUCUUCGCCAUCUCCUCAGCACUUUACAACUCCACUUCACAUCACACAACCAACCACUCAUGCAGGUCAGGAUCCUCUUUGCUCUUCUCUUCACCCUCGCCAAGGCGGCACCUACCCCGGCCCCUCCGGCCCACGCUGGAAUCGGUGGUGGCUCCGCUGUGGAGGCCCGCUCGGAGGGCCUUAUGGCCCGCGCCUCCAACCUUCUCUUUGGCACCAAGAGCGUCGCUAAGCGUGGCGAUUCUGACUCCGACUCUGACGACUCCGGCUCCGACAGCGAUGACGACCGUCGCCGCCACGUCGCUCGCACCGUCGCCCGUCAUGCCGCGGUGAAGAAGCGCUCGGCCGUCCGCCGCACCCGUGCCCUCAAGUCCCGCGACAGCCACUCUUCCGGCUCGGACUCGAACUCGGACAGUGACCGCCGCCGCGCUGUUAACCGCGCCGUCAAGCGCGCCGUCAAGCGCGACUCUUCCGACGACAGCCACAGCGACGACAGCGGCUCGGAUUCGGACCGCCGCCGCACCCUUAAGUUCAAGCGUUCUGUGAAGCGUGACUCAUCGGACGACAGCCAUAGCGAGAACAGCGGCUCAGACUCGGACCGCCGCCGCACCCUCAAGUUUAAGCGCUCUGUUAAGCGCGGCAAUUCCUCCGCUUCCUCGGCCUCGGAGGACAGCGGCAGCGACAGCGACCGCCGUAAGCGCUCCGUCAAGCGCGGCAA